AUGGCUGAGGCGCCCACGUCCUUUGGUCUCGGCGAGGUUGGCAAGGACUUCAUUGCUGGGACAUUUGCAGGGUGCGCGGGUAUCUUGACUGGGCAUCCGUUCGACACGAUCAAGGUCCGGCUGCAGACGCAGACGCACACGCCAGGAACCCAACUGCGCUACUCGGGCACCAUUCACUGCUUUGUCAAGAUUGUCCGCGAAGAGAAGAUUCGCGGACUGUACAAGGGCAUGGCGUCGCCGAUGGCGGGAGUUGCGCUGAUCAAUGCCAUGCUCUUUGGCGUUUACGGUAACUCGGUGCGCUUGCUGGAAGGGUCGGGCUCUGCAGAGCCCGCACGCCGUCCGAGCAUCCAAACGGUCUUUAUCGCAGGCGCCGCAUCGGGUUUGCCCCUCCAGCGUACCACUUUCAUCUGCACUUGCUUCCUUCAAGGCGGCCACGUCGAGUCCCGCGCCCUCUGGCACAACCUCCUCGACAUCGGAGCGGCAGCAGCAACAGCAGCAGCAACAGCGGAACCCUUGUACAAGGGUCCCUGGGACUGCUUUGUGCGCACGGUGCGCCAAGAUGGUAUUCGUGGCAUUUACCGAGGGCUGGUGCCAACCAUGCUCCGCGAAACACCUAGCUACGGCGUUUACUUUGCUGCGUAUGAAAUGCUGUGCCUCCGAUUGGCGGGCCCUGGCAGAUCCCCUGACGAUCUGUCUGCACCCGCACUCAUGCUCGCCGGAGGCGCGAGCGGCAUGGCUGGCUGGCUCAGCACCUACCCGACGGAUGUCGUCAAGUCGCGCAUGCAAGCCGACUCGAUGACCAACCCUCAAUACCGCGGCUUUGUGGAUUGCGUCGUCAAAUCAUAUCGCGCAGAAGGACUUGGCGUCUUUUUCCGCGGCUUUAACGCGACCAUGGUCCGAGCCUUCCCCACCAACGCGUCCACGUUUGUCGUGUACACCAUGUGCAUGCGGCUUCUGGGUGGCGUCGACACGUCCCAAGACCACUCCCACACGCGUCAUAUGGAGUGA